GUAGUGGUAAACCGCAUGUGCUGCUGCACCGCGGAGCCUCACGCGGAGGAGGGCAGUGCUGCCGCGUCUGUGCUGUCAGCACAAAGAGGGGACGAAGAAGAGGGCUACGCCGUCAUUGCACUGGAAGAAGUGCCACAUUUAGACAGAAACAUGGCUUCACCCGCUGGCUGCGAGCAUUACGUGCGCAGCUGUUUGUUAAAAGCACCCUGCUGCGGGAAACUCUACGUGUGUCGGCUGUGCCAUGACGCAGAGGAGAACCACCAGAUGGACAGGUUCAAAGUCAAAGAGGUUCAGUGCUCUGAGUGUCAGACAGUGCAGCAGGCACAGAAGACAUGCCAGCAGUGUCAUGUGCAGUUCGGGGAGUAUUACUGUGACAUUUGUCACUUGUUCGACAAGGAUAAGAGACAGUACCACUGUCAGCCCUGUGGAAUAUGCAGGAUUGGACCCAGAGAAAAAUAUUUCCAUUGUGAGAAGUGCAAUCUGUGUUUAGCCCAGGAUCUGCGGGGAAACCACAAGUGUGUUGAAAAUGUUUCAAGGCAGAACUGCCCAGUGUGUAUGGAGGAUAUUCACACGUCCAGAAUCGGAGCUCACGUUCUUCCAUGUGGCCACCUUUUACACAAGACCUGCUUUGAUGACAUGGUCAGAACGGGAGCAUAUCGAUGCCCUCUGUGUAUGCACUCUGCCUGGAACAUGGAGGACCACUGGGAUCAGAUUGACAAAGAGAUCACCCAGUCACCAAUGCCCACUGAAUACCAGGGUGCCACUGUCAAAAUUAUAUGUAACGACUGCCAAACCCACUGCACAGUACCUUUCCAUGUGCUGGGGAUGAAGUGCAGUGGCUGUGGCUCCUACAACACAGCACAGGACGGAGGACUCAUCCAGCAGCAGCAGCAGCAACAACAGCCAGAGCAGGACACUGAGAAUGAGACAGAAACAGACACAGAGCCAGAGCAGCAAGAUCAACCUCAGCCACCCACACCACAUUAAAAUGACAGCCGACCACAGUGGUUGACCUUUACACUUAAGGGUUAGGUUGGUGUCUGGGUUUGAUCGUCUGAUCCGGGACACAAGCUUAAACUGGUUUGAUCACAAGCCAUUCAGGUGAAUUCAAAAGAGAAGCUGAGUACAGCCGAGUAGAUUGUGUCUGCUGUGAGCAGAGUUAGCUGUGCCUUCACGGUAAGCUGCUAACUAGUUUGUAAAAUACAUCGCUGGAAGGUUAAUAAACAACGACCUCAUCAAUAUAACAAUUUAACUCCCCGUCACUCAUGCUAAUUACAUCUGCCAGCUAGUGUAGUAAGUAACGCUGCAGAAAGCAGCAAAAGCACUUCCUGUUUCAAUUUAAAAUCCAUCUAGAGUUUCAGCAGAAAUAAACUCUUCAUUUCAACAUGGUGUUUGUGCAACAUUUGCAAGAAUGUGUUGUGGUAAGCUGCUGCAUGCAACACCUAGUAGUAAAAUUCAGUCUUACCAAUCCGGCCUUUGGUUUCAUAUCAAACCAGUUUUAUUAGUUUCACACCAACCCAGCCCUACUGUAGAGAUCUGGCUGAUACAAUUACUUGUAGUAACUUACACUGAGUGUAACUUUAGACUGAGCCAAUGUUCCUAGAUUGUACAUAUUACCCCCCAAAGAAAAAAACAUAUUUUCAGUACCUGCUUAUCCUCUUCGGGGCCCAGAACCUAUCCCAGCAUGCACUGUGUGAGAUGAAAGGUACACCCUGGCCAGGAUACCGGUCUAUCACAGGACUAAGACAUGCAUACACAUUCACACAUACAAGCAAGAUUAAACAGAGAGCCUUCUUCUGAAUUUUUUUUAGUCCGUCUUUUAAUUACUGAGUGCGGAUGUCGACCCUUGAUGAGUUUUUUUGUUCUUUUUAUUAUUUCAUGCUACAAGUGAUGACAUUUGUAAAACAUUGCUGUCCUUCCAUCAGGUCAAGAAAAGAAUAAGAUGGCAGUAAUAUUAUAGAUAUUUUUCAUUGACAUGUCAAACAGCUCAGUUAUGGAUGUAAAUGUAUCUGUAAUUUAAACGGUUCAAAACAUCAUGUUUCCAUGUCUGGAAUGUGGCAUCAUAACAAGAUAACUGCAUACACAUAAAUCUUCUGAGUAUUUACCUCUCAGACAUGCAUACACACACACACACACACAGUAUUGUCAUUUCUGGUACAGCUGCUAUGACAAAAGGUCCCGCAACAUUUGCUUUUUGUGUCUUUGGUUCUUGCAAGUAUCAAGUUUGGUUUCCUUCAACAACUGACAGUAAUAUAAACUCCCAAUAAACAGCACUAUUUUA